CAGAGCUCGUUGCUGGAACUGGACCGGGACAGGAGAGCGAGCGGACGGCUCUUCUGAGGGAAGUAAACGCGCAUCCAGGGCUAUAUUUCCCAUUUUCUUCCGCCUCUAGACCCCUUUUCUUUCUAGGCUUUUCCUUCUGCUGAGAUGAGGAGAUAAUCCACAGAGGACCAGCUACUCACGAAGUUUAGAAGUUGACGGAAAGUAUUCGGACAGGAGAAGAGGAAGAUGCUGGGGUUAAAGGUCGUCGCGCUCUGUCUUCUUUUCGGAGCCCUGACUCACGGCCAAACAGAGUGCAGGAAGAAGAAUGACUGUCCCAUAGACGUGUACUUCACCAUCGACACAUCAGAGACAAUCGCCCUGCAGGAGCCUCCGCCUGGAUCGCUGGUGGAGAGCAUCAAGCAAUUUGUAAAGCGGUUUGUGCAACGUUUGGAAGAUGUCGAGUAUAAAGGAGCUGUGAGGAUCAGCUGGAAUAUCGGAGGUCUGCACUUCUCUCAGAGACAGGAGGUGUUCAGUCCCAUUGGGCCCAAGGCUGAUUUCAUUACUCGUCUGGAUGGAAUCCGUUACCUGGGUAAGGGCACCUACAUCGAUUGCGCCCUCACCAACAUGACCCAGGAAAUGAUGCGCUCCCCCACAUCCCAACGUGCCCUCCGGUUUGCCGUGGUCAUCACUGACGGCCACGUGACUGGAAACCCAUGUGGAGGCAUCAAAGUGGCAGCAGAGAGGGCUCGAGACGAGGGCAUCCGGUUGUUUUCUGUGGCGGCAUCAAAGAACAUCGAAGAGACGGGGAUGAGAGAGAUCGCCAACUCGCCUGCGACAGUCUACAGGGACGAGUUCUUGGCUGUGGAUCUGAGCCAGGGAAGAGCAGUCAUUCAUGAUCAAACCAUCGAUCGCAUCAUCCAGACCAUGCAACAUUUGGCGUACGUAGAGUGUUACAGUGUGUCCUGUCUGGAGACACCAGGACCCGACGGUCCAAAAGGCCACAGAGGACAAAAAGGAGCUAAAGGAGACAACGGAGAUCCAGGCGUGAAAGGAGAAAGAGGUCGCCCUGGAGACCCUGGUAUCGAGGGUCCUAUCGGUCAGCCUGGUGUCAAAGGAGAACCAGGUCUCAAAGGAGACAAGGGGGAGAUUGGAGCUCAGGGGAAAAAGGGUGUAGGUGGUAUCCCAGGACGCAAUGGCACAGAUGGACAGAAGGGUAAAAUUGGACGUAUUGGUGCUCCUGGCUGCAAAGGAGAUCCGGGCGACAGAGGUCCUGAUGGUCAUCCCGGUGACGUUGGUGAACGUGGUCCCCCUGGAACUGACGGAGAGAAGGGUGAUUCUGGUCGUCCUGGAAGAUCUGGUCCACCCGGCCUGGCUGGAGAGGCUGGACCAAAGGGAGAGAGAGGAAGUCCUGGCUCACCUGGCAUCCCUGGACAGAAAGGAAACCCUGGAACCCCUGGACUCCAAGGAGCCAGAGGAGAGCCGGGGAGAAGAGGAGACUACGGGCCAAAGGGGGCUCAAGGGCCAGACGGUGUUAAGGGAGAAAGGGGUGAAAAUGGGCGAGGUACAAGAGGACUUCCAGGUGAAUCAGGAAACAAAGGAACAAAGGGAGACAACGGUCUGAACGGCCCCAGAGGACCACCGGGGGCACCAGGGGAGCCUGGGAAAAAUGGUACCAGAGGUGACCCUGGUGAUGCUGGACCAAGAGGAGAACCUGGACAAGCUGGACCAAAGGGAGACAAUGGAAGACCUGGUUUUAGCUAUCCUGGACCCAGAGGACCAUCGGGUGACAGAGGAGAGGGUGGCAACCGUGGACCUCGUGGAAGCAGAGGAGACUGUGGUCAGAAGGGCGAUCCGGGAAAAAAGGGAACUCCAGGAGAGGCAGGUGAGCCAGGACCUCAGGGUGAACCAGGCUUGAGAGCAAGAGGAGACGGUGGGCGUGAUGGAGAUCCUGGUCCUGAGGGAGACCCCGGCCUCACAGAAUGCGAUGUCAUGAACUACAUCAGGGAAACUUGCGGCUGCUGUGACUGUGAGAAACGCUGUGGAGCCCUGGAUAUUGUGUUUGUGAUCGACAGCUCAGAGUCGGUGGGUCUGACCAACUUCACCCUGGAGAAGAACUUUGUCAUCAACACCGUCAACAGACUAGGAUCUCUGGCCAAAGACUCACAGUCAGACACAGGCACCAGAGUUGGAGUUGUUCAGUACAGUCACAGUGGAACCUUCCAGGCCAUCAGACUUGACGACCCCAAGAUCGAUUCACUGUCUGCUUUUAAGGAAGCAGUGAAGCGGUUGGAGUGGAUCGCUGGAGGAACAUGGACUCCCUCUGCUCUGAAGUACGCCUACGACAACCUGAUCAGGGACAGCCGCAGAGCCAAAGCCAACGUGACUGUGGUCGUUAUCACUGACGGACGCUUCGACCCCAGAGAUGACGACUCGCUGCUCACCUACCUGUGCAGUGACCCCAGCGUUGAUGUGAGUGCCAUCGGUAUCGGAGACAUGUUCGACCAGAUCGAGGAGAAUGAGAUUCUGAAGAGCAUCUCCUGCCAAAAGGACAGCAGGGUGCUGGGCAUGAGACGCUUUUCAGACCUGGUAGCUGAGGAGUUCAUUGACAAGAUUGAACAUGUUCUUUGCCCAGAUCCUGUCAUCGUUUGCCCUGAACUGCCAUGUAAAUCAGAACCUGCCGUUGCUAGCUGUGUUCAGCGGCCUGUCGAUGUCGUAUUCAUGCUGGAUGGUUCUGAGAGGAUGGGACUGGAGAACCACCGCAGGGCCAAAGAGUUCAUUGAGAACGUGGCUAACAAGUUUAUCCUGGCCAACAGCAACACAGAUGAGAGGAAUGCCCGCUUUGCUCUGCUGCAAUACGGCAGUCCUUCGGAACAGAGGGUGGAGUUCCCGCUCACCCACAAUCUCACAGUGAUCUCAGAUUCACUGGGAGGGGUUAGCUACAUGGACUCGUCUUCUGCUCUUGGCAGUGCUAUCAUCCAUGCUGUCAACAAUGUGGUGAUGCCUCAGCGGGGAGAACGCUUGGCUCGUCGCAACGCUGAGCUGGCCUUUGUGUUUAUCACUGAUGGCAUCACAUCCAAUGAGCAACUGGAGGAGGGCGUGUCUGCCAUGAGGCGGGCGGAAGGCGUUCCCACGGUCAUCGCCAUGGGUUCAGACACGGACGAAGAGGUGCUGCGGAAGGUGUCGCUAGGGGACAUGUCAGCCAUCUUUAGAGGAACUGAUUACACCAUUCUGAACAAACCCUCAUUCUUUGAUCGCUUUGUCCGCUGGAUAUGCUAGUGAGGAACUGUAACACACCACACCAUAGAGUUAGAAUCCACAGAAUGAAAGAAGAGCCUUCAGCGUACACAUAAACACACACACAGAGGCAUCAACGACCCUCUGCGAUCAUUUUCAUUACUGGAUGAAACGCACAGUGGUGGCUUAAUAUCCAGUUAUUAGGGGUAAAAAGUAAUUUAAAGCAGCUUAAACAAAACACUUUACACCAGAAGACACAUUCGCUGUUACACACAAACACAUAAGCUUUCAUUCUUAACCUAUGGUCAGCACGUCCAACCAAAGGCACAGGGACAGGAAAUGCGUUUGAUUAUUGAAUGUGUAUGAUGCAAAUUGUAGGCUUUAUUUUUUUUGUAUUGGUUCGAAGCUUGCAAAAGAAGAGUUUGCUAUCUCUCUGUCUUCACAAAGUCAGUAUUUACAUAAAAGGUGCUAAAGUUAAAAAAUAAAAGACAAAGCCGUUUAAGUGGUUCUGAAGACUUUCUUAUGUCAUGUUAUGCUGUAAUUACUGUAGUUUGUUCAGGGGAUUAAAACAUACAGACAAAUGUUUUCAAGAGAAGAAAUGUUGCACAUAAAUGCCCCACAGUCAGCCAAACCAGAAGACACACAAACACGUGCAUACUGUAUGUAGUUCAUUACAAAUAUAUUGACUAUAUUAAAGAGACAUAUCUGUAAACAUGAAGUCCAAAUAAAGCCGAAUGUGAUCACCCCUA